CGCGGCCCCGGAUGGAGCAGCGGGGGGAGGCGGCUCCAGCUGCCGCUCCAGCCGCAGCGCCCGCCGCCAUUUAGACAUCCCGCCGCGGCAGGCAGCGCCGGGACAGGGUGCGCGGGAGGGUUCGGGGUCACCGCGGCUGUCGCCACCACCACCACCACCACCAUCAUCAUCGCCAUGAGCCGCCUGUCGCAGUUGUUGCUGUUCGCCCUGCUCGUCUUCCCCGCCGCGCUGCUGCUCGGGGGCGCCCGCGGCGGCCCAGGCUCAGGUUUAUUAGUUGCAGCUCAAGAUGCUACAGAAGAUGAGGAAGCUGUGGAAGAUACUAUAGUUGAAGAUGAAGAUGAUGAAGCUGAAGUUGAAGAAGAUGAGCCAACAGACUUGACAGAAGAAAAAGAGGAAGAAGACUUGUCAGGAGAACCUAAAGCCUCACCUAGUGCUGAUACGACCAUCUUAUUUGUGAAAGGGGAAGACUUUCCAGCGAACAACAUUGUAAAAUUUCUGGUGGGGUUCACCAAUAAGGGUACAGAGGAUUUCAUUGUUGAGUCUCUCGAUGCUUCUUUCCGGUACCCUCAAGACUACCAGUUUUACAUCCAGAACUUCACAGCUCUCUCUCUGAACACAGUAGUUCCACCCCAGAGACAAGCCACGUUUGAGUACUCCUUCAUCCCUGCUGAGCCGAUGGGGGGCCGUCCUUUUGGUCUGGUUAUCAAUCUCAACUACAGAGAUGCAAAUGGCAACAUUUUUCAAGAUGCUGUCUUCAAUCAAACUGUUACAAUAAUUGAAAAAGAAGAUGGGCUGGAUGGAGAAACGAUCUUCAUGUACAUGUUCCUCGCUGGACUUGGUCUGCUGGUCAUUGUUGGCUUACAUCAGUUACUAGAGUCUAGGAAGAGGAAAAGACCGGUACAGAAAGUAGAGAUGGGAACAUCAAAUCAGAAUGAUGUCGAUAUGAGCUGGAUUCCCCAAGAAACUUUAAAUCAAAUAAUGCAGAGUAGAAGAGAUAAAGCUUCACCGAGGAGGUUGCCCUACAAGAGGGCGCAGAAGAGACCAGUGGGCUCUGAUGAGUAAUGUUAACUAGUGCAACAGUUGAACCUUUACUAAUUCUGCCUGUUUGGUUUUUUUGGAUUGGAGUAGUGCAGAGAACCCAUAUCACCAUAAGGAAAAUACUGCUAAACAUUUGGACUGAACAGAUUAACUGAAUGGUGUUAAUAUUACUGAAAAUGCACUUCUCUUUUAAUUUGUUUUUUUUUUUUAAUUGUUGGGGGUCGGGGGGAGGUAGCCAUUAAGAUUUGUGCCUGCGUGUGUAAGCGGUUGGUCUUAACAGAAACAUGUUACCUGAAAUGUGCCUUUAGAGCUCUUUGUAAUGCUGGCUUGUCAUCUGUACAUUGUCAUUGAAGGAUUUUUCUCCUCUCCCUAAUCUGAAUGUCUGGUGACUUUAAUCUGUCUUGAUUGUAUCAGAUCUGUAUCAGAACCUGAAUGCAUUGUUCUUUUUUAGUAAGUAACGUUACUCUUUCCAAGGUGCGCACACUGAAGUUUGUGUGUGUGGUCCUGUCUCAGUGGCCAGGCACUGAUCAUCUCAACUUCUGCAUAGUUUUCAUUCUAAAGGCACAAUUGGGUAUAGCUGCUUGUAGUGGUAGAUAUUUUGCUGCUGUUUUGAUCUGGGCAUGCAGUGACCUAAAAUUCUGAAUUUAGCUGCAUAGAUGUUAGGAAGACUCUUGCACAGCAGCAGAACUUGUGAAGCAUGGAAUUUGUGUGCUGAAUUGGUAUUACUACAUAAAUUUCUUUUUUAUACCCAGUUUGUUAAAUGGUUAGUUAUUGACUCGUGCCAGCAUCUUAGGUAUUCAGAUUAUAGUGGUAGUUCUGCAAUGUUUACUCAAGAAACUGUUGAAUAAGCCAGAACAACUUUUCUUGGUUCUUGGUUCUCUCUCCUAAAAACUAGAAUGUCAUAUGUAUCAAAAUGCCAAUUUAUUUUUUUAAAGCUUUACAAGGAUUUGCUGUACACACUUGAAACUGAAUUUGAAAAACAGUUGGCUUCAAAUAAUUCUCUUUAUUUGCAAACUAUUUAAUUCACCCUUUACACUGAGACAUCUUUACAGUGGUCAGUACAUUGGUCUGAGUUUUUUUUCACUUUGUCUUUCUUAAGUAGUAACACAGAUGCAUAUUCAUAACUAGCUGCAUGUUGGUUCAGUAGUCAAGCAGAAAAGCUGUAUGCAAAA